AUGACCUGCUGUGAAGGGUGGACAUCCUGCAAUGGAUUCAGCUUGCUGGUUCUACUUCUAUUGGGAAUAGUUCUCAGGGCAAUCCCUCUCCUUGUCAACUUUGUGGAUGAAGGCCAAUUUUUUCACAACCCCAUCUCUUGCUUUGAGUGGUGGCUCCCAGGGAUUAUAGGAGCAGGUCUAAUGGCCAUUCCAGCAACAACAAUGUCCUUGGCAGCAAGAAGAAGAGCGUGCUGCAACAACAGAACUGGAGUGCUUCUGUCAUCACUUCUGAAUGUAAUCACGGUCAUUGGUGCUGUGUAUUGCAUGUUGGUAUCUAUCCAGGCUCUCUCGGACUAUCAAGGUCCUCUCAUUUGUAACUCUCAAGAGAACAGCACUUCCAGUUGUGAAUUUUCAUUCAAUAACUUGAGCGACAUUCAUCCAGAAUCCUUCAAUCUGCAGUGGUUCUUCAAUGAGUCUUGCCUCUCUCCUACUGAUUUCAGUAAUCUCACCAUCGAUGGCUUCAUGGCCAGGGACUGGAGAAAAUAUACCUUGCACUUCAAUUCUAAAGAAAACAAACACAGGGUGAUCCAUUUCUCAGUGUUUUUCGGCCUACUGCUUGUGGGGAUUCUGGAGCUCCUGUCUGGGCUCAGUCAGAUGGUCAUCAGUUUCCUUGGCUGUCUGUGUGGAGUCACUAAGCGGAGAAGUAGAAUUGUAUAG